AGAUGUCUUACCUGCAAAGGAGGUGAUCCACCGUCAGCAGGUGCUCCUCCACGGGGGAUCCAUCCAAAGCCAAUGUUUUCAGCAGGUGAAAUUUGCAGUGAAGUUUAUCCGGGAGGUUUUCCAGGGGAUCCGCUGUUCAAGAGGUCAACUUUCCAACACACAGGUUUUUGCAUCGGGUUAACUCAGGUCAAGUCCAGGUGCAAAUGAGAAAGUGGACAUGUCUGCAGCUCUUACGUCACCUCGGUCAACCGUCACCGCUCUGUUGCUAUGACGUGCGUGCGCGUGUGCGAGAGACAUGGCUGAUGAUAGUUAUAAAUUGCUGGACACCUGUGUGAAGUCUAGUCUGUAAUGAUAAAAACCAUCUUGACUUUGUGUUUGCGUUGCAUCAAGUUGUGCUUUUCUUUCCUAUAUUUUUCAAAUACAAAAAAAUUUACGGACUAAAAAUUAAAAACAAAAAAAGUAACUAAAUAACGAGUAAAAACAAAGUAUGGUAUUGCAAGUGAGCCUAUAAAUCUUUAGCAAAACAAUACAAUUUUGGUGGUGUACAAAAACAAAACAAACAAACAAUCAAACAAAUAAACAAAGUGUCACGUUAACCAAAUCAAAAACCCCAGUUAUAUUUCCACACAUCCACCUCUCUGCAUGAAAAUGAUACUUCUGUAGUUUUAUAACACGUUUUUACAAAAGACUACAGCUCCCACCAGGCCUUUCGUGUCAUAUGACAGCUGUAUGUUUUGUCAUGUGACCUUGACACUGCUCAGUCGGCACUCCGUUUCCCUUUUUUCGCAGUGUCACAGGCUCCAAACUGAAAAUACCUCAUUUCUCUCCCAAACGACCCGCCACAGUUUAGACAGGAGGUUCCAUGGCUGUGAAAUUACAUUCCGGUUUUGCCUUCGGACGGUUUAUCUGCAUUAUUGGCUUUGUACAACUCUUACAUGUCAGACAGUGGUAGACUCACAGCCCCAGCGGCUCCCCGGCAGGCCUCUCUGUUCACCGAGUGAGCUUCAGUCCCCCACGCCGCUGUUGGGUGGGUCCAGCUCGGCCACAGAGGCGGCAUGGCCCCGGUGCUCGUUGUGAAUUAAAGCCGCAGAAAAGUGGAUGAACCACGGCGGUGUUCAACUGUUCAGCUUGGAUGUCACUGCUACCGGAGUUUGGCUGUAAGAAUGAACGGCACUCAGCAGAGUGAUACCAAGAGACAACACCUCCUGGAGAGGCUGCUGGAUGCUGUCAAACAAUGCCAAAUACGCUUUGGAGGGAGGAAGGAGAUCGCCACAGACUCAGACAGCAGGGUGAUCUGUCUAUGCGCCCAGUUUGAAGCGGUGCUGCAGCACGGCCUGAGGAAAACCAGAGGCCUGGCCCUCACCGCCGCUGCUCUCAAGCAGGUCGCGGGCUUCACCAGCAAGACCGAAGCAGAGUUGACUUUCUGGUUUUACGUGAAGGAGCAUCUGAACCGCCAUGAGCUCCAGCGGUUCUACUCACUUCGGCAGAUUUCCUCGGAGCUGGGCCGGGGUCGUGCAUGGCUGCGUUGCGCCCUCAAUGAGCACUCGCUGGAGCGCUACCUGCACACACUGCUGGCUGACCGCCCACGUCUGGGAACUUACUACGAAGACUGGGCUUUUAUUCUUGAUGAAGAGAGAGCGAGUAUGCUGCCCACCAUGGCUGCAGGCCUGAACUCGAUCCUGUUUGCCAUAAACAUCGACAACAGUGACCUGAACGGCGGGGUGACUCGAGGAGGAGGCUCGUCAGUCUCCCACCUCCUCAAGGAGUCCACGCAGGGCAUCGGCAGCCUGUGGAAGGAGUCGACUCAGGGGGUCAGCAGCUUGCUGCGAGAGAUCAGCACCGCCACGGCGGUGGUACCCGGCUUCACCCCGCGAGGGGACGGAGCCUCAGACCCGCUACCUGUCCUUCCACGCAGCACCUCUGCCGACUCAGGGCUGAGGAAAGAGCGCCGUAGGAAAAAGAAGAUCACCAACAUCAUUUCCUUUGAUGAUGAUCUGGAUGGAGGGGCGGAGGAUGAGGAGGAGGGGGAGGAGGACUCCCAGAAGAUGGGCACGAUGAGGAAGAGUCACACUGCUCCUCCUCAGAGCAGUGUGGAGGAAGGGAUAGACCCUUUGGAGCCGGACUUUCCCCAGUCGCCGGCUCAGAACGGCCUGGUUGAGCCGGGCAUAGUCAGCUGGGUGGGGUCGCCACAUCCCUCUCGUACGCCUCCCAUGACUACACCUCCUUUGCCUGACAGUAAGAGCGUAGACAACGAGGAGGAGGAGGAAGAGGAAGAGAUGUACAAACCCAGAGCACAAACCCAGGAGGAGGAGAGGAUCAGCUCUGAUCAGGUGGUGGUGGGAAGUCUGUCCAGCGUGUCCACGUGGAGCCCUCUACAGGUGAUGACGAACCACAGCAGCUCAGACAUCCUCAUCCCCCUGAACCCUGCAGACCCUCAGCCAGUGAGCUCUGUGGAGGACACAGCUGCAUUUCCUGCUCAGUGUGAGUCAACGGAGCCGGUGGGAAACUGUGAGAGCAGCAGAUCAGAGCUGACGUUCAAUAUGGAGUCCAGUCCGCCGACGCAGCCGGCUCCACUUUCCAGCGUGCUGCCAACAUCUGGUCUGCCAGAGUCCAUGACAGUGGUGGAGCUGCGUCAGGCCAUUGUAGCCAUGAUGAACAGAAAGGACGAGCUGGAGGAACAAAACACCUCUCUUCGCUGCCUGCUGGACGGGGAGAUGGAGCACUCAGCGGGCCUGAGGCAGGAAACCGAUCUGCUGAAGAAGAAGCUGGCGGAGCUGGAGGAGAGACACACAGCCAAGGUCCAGGCACUGGCCAGGGAGAAUGAGGUCCUGAAGGUCCAGUUGAAGAAGUAUGUGGGGGCGGUACAGAUGCUGAAGAGAGAGGGGAGCCAGGGCAAUGACGCCCUGUCGGUGUUGCGGUCAAGCGAGGAUCAGGCCCCCGUCCCACAGAACAAGUUCAUGGGUGACAUCGAGGAGCUGGCUGCCAGCUAUGAACGUAAACUCAUAGAGGUGGCCGAGAUGCACGGAGAGUUGAUAGAGUUUAAUGAGCGUCUCUACCGUUCCCUAAUGGCCAAAGACCACCUCAUUGUCCAGAUGAGACAGGAACUCAUUGACCUGAGAGGACCGGUCCCAGGAGAUUUAAGCCAGACGUCAGACGACCCCAGCUUGUCCGAUUUUGAGACGGCUCAUCGCGCUCUCAUCAACGUGUGGAUCCCCUCUGUGUUCCUGCAGGGCAGAGCCGCCAACGCCUACCACGUCUAUCAGGUGUACAUCCGCAUCCUGGACAAUGAGUGGAACGUGUACAGACGUUACACAGAGUUCAGGGAGCUCCACAACCACCUGAGGACCCAGUUUCCACAGGCGGACACCUUCAACUUCCCACCCAAGAAAGCCAUAGGGAACAAGGAUGCCAAGUUCGUGGAGGAGAGGAGGAAGCAGCUGCAGGGCUACCUUCGCAUGGUGAUGAACAAACUGAUCCAGACGCUGCCGGAGUUCACGGCCCGACCCACCAAAGAGAACCUGCUGUCUCUUUUGCCUUUCUGCCUAGACACGCCCCAGGCCAAUGACGGUGGAGCCAAGACGCCCCGGUCCAAAACGUCAUCCCGUUUCCCCAGACUGGGCCGCAGCCGCAACCAGGAAGCCAGACCAGAACCUCAGAGUGGAGACCUUUAACCCCCCCGGAGCCUUGGAACUAAUAAUCUCUCACUGUAAAGGCAGAGGACGCCAAUGUUCCCGUGUGUCUGGACUAUGACACACUGACUGACACUGUGUGUGAGGACGUUAAGGACGAGUUACGGACCUUUAAAGCCUCACAGAGGAAAAACAAAACAAACAAAGAGAAGAAAAGCCUCAGUCCAGGACGGGGCGAUGGAUGCGUUCACAUUCGCAUUCCUCUCGAGGUGAAUACGUAAACGUUUCUGUGCAUUGCCUGGCUGAGUAAAGGAUAACUGCCCCCCCCCCCCCCCCCCCCCCGAGGUUGCCUAUCAAUGGACCCAAUCAUACAGCACCUCUUACCUCACUGAGACCAAAGGACUCUCUGUAAACCGCACAUGGACUAGCCUGGACUGCUCUCUUUCAUCUCAAACACACUGAGAUGAUGGGGAUGUAUUUUAUUUUAUUUUAUUUUUAUUUUUUUUCCUUUUUCUUACUCUACUCAGUUUUGUAGUGGAAGCGUGUCCUGGUCACAGUGCCUACAGUGUUUUGUAGCUGCUUUCCUGCUCUGGGUUGGGGAGAGGAGGGUGACGAGGGGUAACGUUUUCUCUUGGGGAAUGAAUGUUGUUUUUCAGCUUAUGUGUCAGCGUUAUGGUGCCAUUAGAUUUUAGGGUAAAUCACAGUCUCUGGCGUGGACCACCAGGCAAUGGGCAUUCCUUUUUCUUACUUCUGCUAUAUAAUAAUAAUAAUUAUUAUUAUUAUUACAGCUGUUACAGAUAAUCUGCAGAAAGAGUAUAUCUUAACAUAUCUUAAUGUUGCGGGGGAUGCAGUAAUUAUCACAAAUAUGUUUUAAAUUCCACUUAAUGAUAAUAUUAAAGGAUUAGGGUUCAACACCACUGAUAAAACCAAAAUCACUUAGGGACUGUAUGAAAAGUAUUGGGUGAUGGUCUGAUUAUAUUUCCCUUAUUGAAAAAGCAAAAAACCUCUCUGGUGUAAUCAACAUUUUCUUAGUACCUUAACCAUGACUUAGAAAGAAAAAUAGUAUUGAGUUGUUUUUUCCCAAGUGCACAUUAGAAGUGGAAUUAGAAAUUUCCAAAUAACAGAAUCAUGAAUAUUCCAGCCACCCUCUAUUUAAGGACAAAGAGAUACUCAAUAAAAGGCCAGACUUUAAUUAUAAUAAAGGUUUAUUUAAUUUUACAUGAACCAUUUGACUUUUAAAAGAUGUUUAACUGUAGAAUUAAAUACUAGAAUAUAAAUUCAUUGUGACUAAAAUUUUAGUACAGUCCCUUAUUGAGAGUUUAUAUGAACAAUAUGAACAAUAUCUCUCCUCACAUCCACGUCUGAAAUCAGUUUCAAAUACCUGCUGUGAUCCGUGUGAUGAGAUUAUAUCAUAGAGGUUUUUUGAUAAGAAAAGUAGGGAAACACGAUUUUACCGUUCAAAUAAAUCGGUCAGCUGUGGGUUUACCUCCAGUACAUCACACGAAUAAAGGGUCUUCAGCAAAGGUCGACCGGCUGUACUGAAAAAUUGAGUGUUUAAAGACGGUUUAACUAAUGUGUCUUUAAUGCAGCGUUAUGUUGCAAAUGAAUGUUUUAACGAUGACUAAACACUUGAAGAAAAGCUGCUUGUUAGAGUGCAAGGAGAGGACUGCCGAGCAUCAAGUGUGUGUAAAACAGAAGCUCAUGCAUAUGUAUGGAUUACCCAAGAGUAGUCGGAGACCGUGUUCAAACGCGGAGUGAUUGUGUGAGAAGGUUUCAGAAAACUUGAAUCAAAGGGUCGGCUCUCGCAAAAUGGUAAACACCGUUCACUGUCGACGGAGGGAGGUGAACAAACAAAGCUUGUGGGUUUUAAUUAAGUUGUUAUUCUUACACAGAAAUGACCCUCACACGUAUCCAGCUACUGGUAAACACCGUGCGGGGAAACUCUCACAAGGAUGCCGCCAAAUAAUUGUUGUUGUCAGACUUCACUGAGACCUUUUACAGAGAGAUUGUCUCACGGUAGCGUGGCGCGCCGGCCGACUCAAACAACAACGUGGGAAAGGAAAGACGAAGAUGAUGUUUUCAAAAGUUUUUGAAGAAAUUAUUUCAAAACAACGAAAUUCUUUUUUUUUUUUUGCUUUUUUUUCUCAGUCUGACAAAUGGCACUGGUGUCUGAACAUGUUAUGUAACUUAAACAUGAAUUUCUAUCAUUAUUCUUUUUAUUAAAGACUAUUUUCUGCUGUGAUACAGUAAAACAGUACAACUGGUGACAUUGUAGGUGUAGCACUGCCUUAUAUGUAUUAGGAGAAUCAGCCCACAGCACCAUAAUAUAUUCUGUACCACUGAUGAACAACAUUGUCACACAGUCUCUGUAUUAUAAUAAACACCUAGCCUUUUUUUUUUAGCGAAGGUUGGGGUCAGUUUGGCUCUGUGACCACUUCUCUGCACAAAACCCACUUUGUAUUUGUUGCGAUGUACAGUAAUUAUGCACAGGAUCAUUCAUAGAGAACUGUUUUUAAAAGUCUUCUCCAACAUCAUAUAACGUUGUCAGAUUCAUGAGGGGCAGUUUAAAAAAAAAAAAAAGGAUCAAAAUCGAUGCUGUAGAAUCAGAAAUAUCGUCUUUUUUUAUUCCACCUGGCACCUAAAUUACCCAUAAUUCAACUCGCGAUUUGGGUGUGUUCUGAUCGUAGCGGCUAAAGGUAGCCUGUGGAGUUUUUUGACCACUAGUUGGCGAUAUGGAGGAAUGUUUUCACUGUGUGUUUCGGGUCACCACCAUCUUUGAUUGAUUGUUUACACAAUCCUGUUGCUUGUUUCACACUAAUCUGCUGAUAGACAGUCAGCAGCACUGACACACAAAGAAGUGCGGCGAUGUGCCGACAAAGGAAGAGACGAGGGCGACAGCUCUCUGUCAAACACAAAUGUAAACAAUGCAGGAUUUAAAAUAUUUAAAAACUGAGCUUUGCUAAGUUUUUUAUGGGCACACUGAUGCACUCAACACAUUUAUUAAACCUCAGUGUUUUUGGUGAAUAACACUGGAUUUGAACUAUUGUUGGAUUACAGGAAAAACUCCACAGGACACUUUUAAACCUUUAAACAUUUUUAGUCCCGCAGGGAACUUUUUAGAUUUUCUUGCUUCCAGACAAACUGAAGCGAGUGCAGGUCUUUUUUCUCUUGCACUUAUUCAAAGCUGUUUUGAAUUUGGAUUUUUUUCGCCAGGAGUCAAACCGUUCGUUCUGCGGCUUGAUGCCAUUCCAGGUGCUGAUGAUGAUAUAAAAGUUUCAUUGACAGCAGGACAAAACACAAAGAGGUUUCCUGGUUGACAUGACAGGUGUACUCUGGAAGUUUCACAUGAUCAGAAACAUCAAUAUUGUUUUAAAUGGCCGCAUCUGCACCCCCCCACCCCCACCCCACCAGCCUCCAGACGCUGGAGGAAAUUGAAUCUCUGCACCCGGGGGAACCGGAGCGAUGACGGCCACAGUGUUGUCUUGCCAUGUCUGUUCUCGUGUACCUUUGUGUCCUCGCCUUAGUCAGCAGUCAGGCCUUAUCUAUCAGUGUCACAGCAAAGAGGGGUGAACAAUAAAGUACAGAAUGUACAGUACACACACUA